AACUAACGCCUCAAUUAUAACAAUUAGUCAGAUAUAACAGUUUAAAUAUCCGCCGGAGUUUCCCAGGAGAACAGUUUUGAUAUCUCGAUCAGUGUUUGCCGUCCAGAAUUUUUUUUUUUUUGAUUGUGUGGGAUUUAAUUAAAACAAAGAGUCGGUAUCUUGAUGGUCCAUCGGACACCUGAAUAUACAAACGGACCAGCAAAAAGAGGGAUCGUUGUCAAGGGGCUCCCAAAGGGAGCAUCGGAAUAUUCUUAAUCGAUACAGUUCCUGCAAAAGUAGCGAGAUUUAUUCAACGGACGUGAAAGUUAAUCACAUACCCUUUAAAGUCUUUGAUUAACAAAGUACACCCGUACCCAAAUGAUACUCAGCCAACCUGAUGUCGAGAUCUUGAUUGAAAAGAAAAUGUGCUUGCCAUUUUUACGAUUACCAUUAAGAAGGAAAUAGAUAAUAAAUCAAACCCCCGUCGCAAACCUAGGAUUUCUUAAUGUUUGUCUUUUAAUAAAUCCUACCAAACUUGUCAAUGUCGACCCGAGAGAGGAGGAAAUUGAACGUAAAAUGCGGUCUUCAUUAGCGAACUAAUAAUUAAACUGGUUGAGAACAACAUGCACUGUUAGGGAGGGGAAAGUCUCACAUCCAUGGUCGGAACUGUGUGGAUUCUGUGGACAUUAAUAGUCUUUGUACAAGAUUUCCAUGUUGUGCAGAGUCUAGAAUGCUGGAAAUGUAUCCAACACGACUGUCAUCUUGAUCCCCGGACCAAUCAAAAGGCAGAAAAAGUCACGUGUGCUGUCGGUGAACACUGUUUGAAAGUGCGAUUUCAGAUGUUUCACAACGAAACAAACACAUACUUUGACUCGGUGGUCCGGUCGUGUUCGCCCUACACGUGCCCGUCCGCCGGCGAGGAGGAACACAUGGCGUGCAUGAAUCAUAACAGGGACUACAUGUUCAAGGGCUGUUCCCUGCGCAGCUGCUGUAACGAUCGGGACCUGUGUAAUUCUGGAUCCGCCCCAGCUUCUGUACUGUUAUUGACUGUAGUACUACAGAUUUUGUUAUUGAUCACGUGAGACAAUUAAGGACUGGGACUGUUUCAAGUGCUAGUUGUCAUCUUUAUUAUAAUUAUUUAUUAUUAGUAUUCAUAUAAAUAAAGUGUGUCUCUGAGAGAGAGAGAGAGAGAGAGAGAGAGAGAGAGAGAGAGAGAGAGA